AUGGAUUUCAGCACAACAGUGAAUUCUGAUUAUCAGUGGCCAUUUCCAAAACCAAUUGUCGGCAAACCUUGCGAACCACCUUCGCCUGAGGCGGCCCCCACAGUCAGACCAGCGCCGGUAGCUCCAUACUGCCACUGCGAUGCACAUUCUUACUCUCCGCGUGUCGAGCAAUAUAAGCAACUGCUUGAAAAGGAACAAAAACUAUGCCAGGAUUACGAACAGCUACGGAAACAGAUGGUGGACGUCACCAACGACAUAUUGGACCACCCCUGCGAUGACCUAGACGCAAAGAUGACAACUAUGUACCAAGCAACCUUUCAGAAGAGAUCAUUUCCUGUGACGGACUAUAGAAAAAUAAUCGCUGCAUCGCAGUCCAGCGCACCGAUACCAAUGGAGAGCAAUAAACUGGGGGUGUUACGAUGUUAUAAAGACCCGACGCACUUCACAGAGAACCCUCCAACCGUUCGUCCUACUAUAAACCCCCCGGGGGUCGUCCACACGGGGGUUGCCCCCAAAUCGAUACAGACGUAUUUUACGGAUUUCCCCGGGAGAUCAGAGUAUAUGGACACGUACAGUGCAUCAGCGAAAGCCUGCUGGAGGUCAAUGCAAAGGUUCAAAGAGCCUAUGCCAUCUACGAGGCGAAGGGCAGACGACAGUUGCGUUUAA